AUGAAGAUUUGCAUGUAUUCGUUUUCGUCGACGCAGCGCGCGAAGAGUUUCUGUGAACGCGCGAGUCGAUCGCUGGAAGGUUUGCGCGAGGCGUGCGCGCGCGCGGAACAAAGCGCUCGAGACGCGGCGAAGAAGGAGACGAAGACGCAGAAGGGCGGGCGAGGACGAGGGAAGAAGCGCGCGCAAGAUGGGGACGUUUUACGUUCGUGUGAUGACGUGGAUAUGCGGGCGAUGCGGGCGAUGACGAUUGAAAAGGCGGUGGACGCGGUGAUGCCGACGGUGCCGCUGCCGGAUGAGCAGGAGCGGUCGAAGGUGAGGAUGCACAGAGGAACGGGGGCGAAGCAGUUGAAGCUGAGUGGACAGCAGGCGGAUGAGCGGGCAGAGCGGGCGAAAUUGGUGCUCAAGCACUUGCAGGAUCAGAUGGCGGCGCACCCACUCGCGUCUUUGCGUGAGGUUGAGUUGGAACACCAGUCGUUGGCCAAGCGAGAGUACAAGCGCGCGUUGUUGAGGAAAGAGGUGGACGUGACGCGGGUGAUGUGGAAACCGCGAUCUUUGCUCGAUUGCGAACUCGACGCGAGCGACCCGAAAGCGCGCGCGAGGGCGGAUGCGGGCGAGAAGAUUGGUCGAACGGCGGAGGAAAUCAUGGCGGCGCCAACGGGCGACGACGCGAUGAUUUGGAUCGAGGUGUUUCACCCCGUGAAGCAAGGAUACCUCGUCAUGGACGUCUACGUGCUCGGAGCAACGCCGUUAGUAGCAUUCAAGGAUAUCAUUUACUGCCUCAGGGACACGCAGGCCGAGCGCGAGGGCCAUCCUACGACGAAGAACGGUUUCUUGUUCAUCGAGGGCGUCUUCUACAACGACAUGCGCACGCCAAACGCCGUAGAUUACUCCGCACCAUUGUUAGAGUUCCAGCGGAAAGAUAAGCUCAUGGCACCCGGAGCGCCGACAAAGAUGAACCUCGAGGGCAAAGGGUUCACUGCUCGAGAUAUGGACGGAGUGAAGUUUAAGGAUGUACCCUUGGUGAUCGGACGCCCGUACGUCAUGACGCAUCAGGGCAAGUGCGAGCACAAAUGGCGCGUUCGAGACAUUCGAAUCCCCCACUCUGCGGACGAAAAGGAGCGAAACAUGUUCCCGCUAGUCAUCCGUGAGGGUCGUAUAUAUCGUCGCGGUUGCUCCGUGUGCGGGGUGUUCGACGCCGCGCACGUGACGUACGGCGACAAAAUGGCCGCGGAGAGCCCGAGUUUCUUCUGUAAGAUGUGCUUCGACGCGGUGCACUGCGAUGCGCAGGGAAAUAGAACGUACGACGAUUACGAGGAGUACCCGUAUGAUCACGAGUGA